AUGCUCUUCGACCGCUCGCAGCCGGCACCCUUCCGCAUUGACAUCCCCGUCGACGACCUCCUGCCCGCGCACCCUACGCCAGACGAGGCACGCCUCGACCGCGCCGCGUCCCGUGACAAGUCCCACGGCGAGGCCAAGGCGUCCGAGGCCGCGCUCAAGGCCCUGCUCCGCACGCAGAGGGCGGAGGAGGCGCGAAAGGCACGGAUUGCCGCCGAAGAGGCGCGGUCGGAGAAGCUGGCCUCCCUCUCGGCUCGCGUGGAGGAGUCGGUGGAGCGCAAAUCCAAGCUGGUGGCGGCGACGCAGGCGAAGAAUGCAUACCUCGUCAAGCGCGCCCUCGCCGUC